AUGACUCUACUAUUUGGUCCUCCAGGAUGUUGGAAGACCUCCUUGUUGAAGGCACUUUUUGGAAAUCUAGACCAAUCGCUUCAGUUUAUCUAUCUAAAUAACUUUAAAAUAUAUCCCAAAAUAUAUGGGUUUCACAUAUUUCAACAGGGAGUGCUUGACACCAGCUCUACUUCACCUUUUUUGGAAUCCGGAGCUUUAUUGUCUGCCUUCUAUCCGCUGCUUAAUCUUUUCUCUGGCUUUUUGAUUCCUCAACGGCAAAUCCCAAAGUGGUGGACGUGGUUGUAUUAUCUAAUGCCUACAUCAUGGACAUUGAAUUGCUUGCUCACUUCACAAUAUGGAGAUAUAAAUGAUGAGGUUAUGGUAUUCGGUGAAGCCAAGACAGUUGCUUCUUUGCUAAAAUAUUAUUUUGGGUUUCAUCAUGAUCGCUUACCUAUUACAGCAAUCCUUCUGAUUUCCUAUUCCUUAAUCUUUGCAACCCUUUUUGCAUUUUUCCUUUCACGUUUAAAUUUUGAGAGAAGGUGAAUUUCUC